GGAAAACAGAAUAACAUGUGAAAAUUUAGAAGUAAAAUUGAGAGCCUUAGAAACAAUCAUAGAAGAAACUCUGAUACGAGAGCUAGAACAAGAGAAUACACAACUUCGUCGCGAUCUCGAAUAUGAGCAAGCGAUUAAUAGAAGAACUAUCAAUAAUCUUAGAAAUCAGGUUAAUAUUCUCAAGAAUCGAAAGAACAUUUUUACAGCAGUAUUAAACAACCAAGGUCAAGUUAUUCCAAGGUUGCGUAGACAAGAUGCUUUCAUUUAUAAGGUAGAAGAAGAUUUUGAAACUA